AUGCACUCGCCGUCGGGUCUGGAGGCGCCUGGUGUGCGGAUCUCAUCCAUGCCACAAGGUUUCACUAGAGAGACUCUCCGUUCGACCGAAUCCGAGUCCGCUGGUGCUGAUGGUGAGUCAGAGAGCUUCAGAUGCCCAAUCGUCUUCUCGACGAAACUGGUCAAUCGGCAGUCGAGUCCCGGCAGAUCAGGUCCCAUCUGCCCGAGGUCGAUUACAUUUUGUCAGACCACUUCUCCGGACGACAUCAGCCCCUCUCCGGGCCUCGAAGAAGGCCAGUCAGUCCAAGGCAGCCACAUUUCUCCCAUCCUACAGUUACCGGGAGACUCGCCUCAGGCUCUGGUGUCUGAUGCGUCAUUGCUGCUGUUGCCAUCGUUACCACCUUCCGUUGCAGCGAGAGAGCCUGUUGCCUCAGCUACCAGUGGCCUCAUCUUGAUGAGUCCAGCCACUGAGGCCACCUCCUGUCAAAGCCUGGUCUCAUCGGGGGACUCGGAUUCGGGCAGAUUUAACUCCUCCACCCCCCUCACCUUCAGCCUCACAUCGACGUCUGUGGCUUCUAUCCUCUCAUCCUCAACCCCACUCUCUGCUUGCUCUUCUUCCUCCUCUUCAUCAUCUUCUUCUUCCUCUUCUUCGUCUUCGUCAUCCUUCACCAGCGCUUCGAUCGCACUGACUGAUCGAGUUCGGGACUCCAACUGCUUCACUUCGGGUGAUAGAAGGUCGGGCCAUGAAAACGAAGCUGACUAUCUUCAGAAGGUUCCGCCGCAGCACGAGAUAGGCUAUCUCGAAAAAGAGGUAGGGCUCAAACCGAAUGGCGAAGGGUUCGAAAAUAUGCAAAGUCAGUCGAUUGCAAGGGGAUUCAACUUGGAGAAGCCAGAAGCUUCUGUCCCUCAAGCCUGGCCUCGAACGAGGGACAUCGAAGCAAUCAAAGAGGAAGGAAGAGGCUCACAACUGGCUCGCUCAGCCAGCGUCUCUUUUCCAACCACAUCGUUGUCUUCUCCUUCUUCUUCUUCUUCUUCUUCUUCUUCUUCUUCUUCUUCCACAUCUUCUUCGUCGUUUUUGUCUGGUACCGCUGCCAAACGACUUAUGGAGCCGAGUGGUGAGCUGCAAAAAUCUCUUGACAGACAGUCUACAACUGGACCCAUAUGGAGCCCAUUUGUGAGAGGCUGCCACACUGAUGAAUUCAACUGGAACAGAUCACAUCUGGAUGUCGCCCCCGUAGAAAGGCUGCACAACGGCCCCGCUUUGUCCGUGAGUCUAGACCGAGAAGUCCUUUGUGCUCAUGUCGAUUCAACGGAAGCUUCCGAGGUGGGCUUCUUUUGCCCGGGACUGACAAAAGUCUGUGAUCAGGCGUUUGGUAGUCAUAGAAACGGCAACCGCAAAGGCAAAAGUGACGGCGAGACUGAGACCGAGACGAAAGACGAGGCUGAGACAGGAGAACAUGCAGGACGAGCAGAUGCUGAUGGCGGCCGAGCAGUUAGAAAGCCAUCCUCCUGUUAUGCCGGCCUGCCUCUCUUUGAACCCACUAUUCCGGAGGCUAGAGGGUAUCUACCAGAGGCAUCUUGUCGCCUACCCGAGUCCCAUCAGUCCUUUCACUUGUAUGCCCACCCUCCGCCCCACCGACCCCAACAGCCCCACCCACACCACCACCACCAUCAUCAGUAUCAGCAGCAGCAGCAGCAACAGCAACAGAGAUCAGCAUCUCGUCUGUACCAAACGUAUGCAGACAUGUCACCCGAUCAAACGCUUCUGUUGGGCACCGGAGACACGGCAGCCGGUCAGUCGGCCUCGGUACCGCCUCGCUCGCGAUGUGCUCACUUCACGCCGGCUUACUUCACCUUGUACCCCCAAUCGGCACCUCCGGUUAGCCAACAACCUCCAUACAAUCAACCACAAUCCCAUCCAUUUUCGCAUCAUUCUCCACCUUCGCACAAUCACCUGGCUCAUCAGCAUCAGCAUCAGCCUCACCAGCAUCAGCAUCCACACACUCCUCCUCAUCCACUUCCCGACCAAUCACAGCAUCAGCUACAGGACCGCCAAGCCUUCUACGCACCGACUGUGUAUCCGGGAGGCCAGGAGCUACAUCCAACAUUUCAUCCGGCCACUGGCUGCGAAAUGGGUUGCCUACCGGGCGGCUCGAGUCUCCAACGGCCGUCUGGUCAGCCUCGCCCACUCCAACCCUCGCAGCUGUUACAUACUCACUAUCAGCCUACUUGUGCCGCCGCCUCCACAUUUGCAUCACAACCUGACUCGACUCGUCUGCCCCACCAACACGGUCCUACCCUUUCUGGUUGCCAUGCCACCAGCCUCCCCAAGACUCUGUUGACCUCGUCUCAGCCGGACUCGCAGCAACGACCUACACAAGAUCAUCAACUACGUCCGACGCUCGUCGGUCUCGGCAAUUCUGCUCGACUGGCCGGCUCGCCAACCUCUCCCGAUCCCGAAACUAGCCACGGAAACCCAUUACAGCCGGCAUUUUGUCGUCCUCACGAUACGCCUCCUCCUCCGCUACAACUCCACAAUCUGCUCAUUCAUACCUACACACAAUCGCUAGACUUGAUCAACAACCACACCAGUACCAUCCAAGACCUGGCAACUACGGACCAUGAGAACACAACUCUCACCAGCGCCUCUUCCACCACCAAAACCUGCGGCAAUCCGAUGCGAGAAGACGUCUCGGACGCGGCUCAUCUGCCCCUAGACACAGAGAAUAGGACUGCCCAGUCGCAGCACCUGGAGGCGCCAUACUUUCGGCAGAUGUCGGCCGCCUCCGAAGCCGCCUCGCCGACUCCUCGGCCACCUCCUCCUCCUCCUCCUCCUCAUCUGCCUCAAUUGCUAUUUCCCCCACCACCGCUACCAUCCUCGCCGGGUCUAAAGACCACCUGUAGCCAGCAUAUGCUGACGCGCGGCCCCACCGACACAACCACAGCCUUGUCAGCCACGCCUGUUUGGCGGCUACCGGCAGACGCAUCUUCUGCCAUGACCGGUCAUCAGGGCCUCGGACCACGGCAUCCUCAGUCCCAACAAAUGGCCGCUAGCCAAACCACGGGACUCGGGCAAUUCUGGCAAUUCAAGCAGACGCCAGAAGUAAUCCAUGGGCUGGGUGUCAUAUCAUCGGGAUCCUCUUCAUCGUCGUCGUCAUCUUCUGCCAUCACAGCCACUUCGGAGGCAAUGCUCGGCUAUAACCGACCAGGGUGGGUUUCAUAUUCGAGUAGUUGCCUUUUGAUAUGCGCUUACAUAGUCCAACAUUUAAUGCGAAGACACGUGAACACUUGA